AGAUAAUAACAUUUAAUCAGCACUCCCGUGUGACACUUUUUAAUGGCCAUGCUAAGCACCUGAUACAGGUAUUGUUAUCUCUUGCAAAUCUCACCAACAGUAUUUUGCAAGGAUUAAUAUCCCCAUUUAAUGGAAAAGGAAACAGGCUUAGCGGCUCAGUGACUUGCCCAAGCCCCUGCAACUAGUAAGUGGCAGCGCCAGGAUUCCAGCUCAGGCUGUACGACCACACAGUCCAUUUUUUUUUUUUCAAUAGAAGUCUUGCUCUGUCGCCGAGGCUGGAGUGCUGUGGCCGGAUCUGGCUCACUACAACCUCUGCCUCUCGGGUUCAAGCGAUUCUACUGCCUCAGCCUCCUGAGUAGCUGGGAUUACAGGCACACACCACUACGCCAGGUGAAUUUUUAGUAGAGACAGGGUUUCACCAUGGUGGCCAGGAUGUUCUCGAACUACUGACCUCAAGCGAUCAUCCCGUUGGCCUCCCAAAGUGCUGGGAUACGGGCAUGAGCCACCGCACCCGGCCCAGAGUCCACAGUUUUGACGUUGAGGCCACACUGUCAGUUCCACGGAUGGGGAAACUGAGGCCCGUGCAGGGCACUACAUUGUGCCAGCGGAAUCGUAGCCAUUAUGGGAAGCACGGGCUCUACAAAGGCUCUUCCUCUUUGGUCGGGGCAGUCACUGAGGUCAGGAAGCGGAGGACAAGUGGAAGCCCUUCCCAUUAUUAAGGAUCAAUAACCGCGCGGGAAUCUGCGUAAUUUGGGAUCUAACCCCCGAGGCGGAAACAAAAGGGCGAUAGCACGAGAGGAGAACCGGAAGUGCGUCACCCUACGGGCGGGAGAAUCAGCUGCAGUUCACCAAUGGGAAGGCCGCGUUUGCGUUCGCCCCGCCCCAAAGGAAGAUGAGUCCGCCUUGCAGCAGUAGCCGCUAGCGCAGUUCGGGCUGCGCUUGGGCGCCCUGAUACAGAUAAGAAGUUUUCCUGGCAUCUUUUAUUGUAAAGAUUGCUUUAAUCCACCAUCAAGUAUCUACUUCGUUCCCACAUGCAGGGCAGUGCAAGGAGAACGGGCGUCAUGACUGAUGUCCACCGGCGCUUCCUCCAGUUGCUGAUGACGCAUGGCGUGCUAGAGGAGUGGGACGUGAAGCGCAUGCAGAAGCACUGCUACAAGGUCCAUGACCGCAAUGCCACCGUAGAUAAGUUGGAGGACUUCAUCAACAACAUAAACAGUGUCUUGGAGUCCUUGUAUAUUGAGAUAAAGAGAGGAGUCACGGAAGAUGACGGGAGACCCAUUUAUGCGCUGGUGAAUCUUGCUACAACUUCAGUUUCCAAAAUGGCUACGGAUUUUGCAGAGAAUGAGCUGGAUCUGUUUAGAAAGGCCCUGGAACUGAUCAUUGACUCAGAAAGUGGCUUUGCAUCUUCCACAAACAUUUUGAACCUGGUUGAUCAGCUUAAAGGCAAAAAGAUGAAGAAGAAGGAAGCGGAGCUGGUGCUGCAGAAGUUUGUCCAAAACAAGUGGCUGAUUGAGAAGGAAGGGGAGUUCACCCUGCACGGCCGGGCCAUCCUGGAGAUGGAGCAGUACAUCCGGGAGACGUACCCUGACUCAGUGAAGAUCUGCAAUAUCUGCCACAGCCUCCUCAUCCAGGGUCAAAGCUGCGAGACCUGCGGGAUCAGGAUGCACUUACCCUGCGUGGCCAAGUACUUCCGGUCGAAUGCCGAACCGCGCUGCCCUCACUGCAACGACUACUGGCCCCAUGAGAUCCCAGAAGUCUUCGACCCUGAGAAGGAGAGGGAGCCUGGUAUCUCGAAAUCGAACAGAAAGUCCCUGCGGUCCAGGCGGCAUUAGCCGUGGUGCCCUGCCGAGGGGCUGGCCACCUGGGGGGCCUGAACGUCACAGCCCUUCUGGGAAGAGAGGCAUCUGUGUUGCAGGUUCCACACGAGUCACCUCUUUGUUCUUAACUUCCCAUCCGCAGCUUUGGAAUAAACCGUCCUGCAAAGUUGCUCA